UGAUUUGAUUAAACAUUGAAAAUUUGUUUAUUAUUGUUAAUUUUGCUGUCUGGUUGGUUUUUGUUUUUUCAAAUAUUACUCAUUACACAUGAUGUAUUCAUGUCUAUUUAUUGACCUGUAUAUUGCAUAUACAUAUUUACACUCUAUUUAAUUCAAUUCAGUUUUAUUUGUAUAGUGCUUUUAUCGUGCUUGAUGUAGUCCUGUGCACUAUGUGCUUCAAUCUUAUUCUGAAGAAGUGACAUUUUGUUCCAACGUACACAGCUUAAAUGGAGGAAUAACAAUUGACUAUUUUUUCUGGGAUUUUCUGUAAAUACAGUAGUAUACAUUUUUAUGCCACAGUACUAUUGAAUUCUCAAAUCUCACUGGUCAGAAGUUGUUGAUUAAUAUCAGUAACAAAAGCACUGUCCAUAGCGACUGCUAAAAUCCAAAUCAUAGCUUUAUAUUAACACGUUCAUGCUAGUAUGUUAUUGUUUCCAUAGUAACAGCUAGUUCACAGGGACUUCAUAAUAAUAUAAGACUAAUAAUAAAAGGGUUAAAAAUGUGUGGUUAUUUAACAAAGACGUGUAUUUGUUGAUAUGGUACCGCUUUCUGUAAAGAGAUGUUUAUUUCACAUUUAUGGAAGGAGUCUCCAGUACCAGUGGCAUUAAAUGUUGCUACAAACAGUUAAAAGUGUCACUUCUUGUUUAUAAAUAAAUUGAAAAUAAUCGUAGCUGUUGGCAAGUUGUUGUAGUGUAAGAGGAAUCAAAAAAUCAGUCCAGGACAUCCCGUUUUUGGAAAAUAAUCAACUUAAACUCAGUCGGGCCUCAUCACACCACCUCGUAUUUUAUUCUUUUCCUACAACACGCCCUGUCAUGUUUUAUUCCUUAUUUGUCCUCCUGACUACAGCAAUUUAAAGUUAAGCUGCAUUUGGGAAAGUCAGUGCUUUGUCAGCUAUUUGCUUGCCUUGUGUGUGUGUGUGUGUGUGUGUGUGUGUGUUAGGAGAAAAACCUGACGAGGUUAACAUUUCUUAGAGUGCAGUUAGAAAGCGAGUGAGGGAAUGUGUUUAUUCUGGCAAUACAUACACACACCCACACACACACACACACCCACACACAUACACACACACAUUUAUGAGGUGCAGCAUGAGAGCAAUCAGCUGUAGUUUUGUUUCUCUAGGCACUGUCUAAGUUUGCCACGCAAUCAAAAGCCUUAUGAACAUGAACCGAGUGAGGGAUUCAUAUAGACACAAAGCAACACGACUAUAUACUCACUUUACCUGAGAUAAAGCCUGUCAUUCAUAAAUCUCAGGUGAAUAUUUUGAAAAUGACAAAGAAAACAAAGAUCUGAGUAAGGCCAAAACUGAUUUAAGAUGGCUUCCCAUAAAGACUGUACUUCUAAGCGUUGUUGAAUGUUGAUAGUUUGAGAGAACAUAAGCGUUCCUUGGGAGGAAUUUUGGUAUGACAGGUCUUGUUAAAUAUCUCAUUCUGGAAACAAAUGAUCUAAUAAGCUUGUGCAGUAUAAUGAGUCUCUAGCUACAGGAAAGCUGGUGAAACAAACAGCAUCAGCUGAGCACUGACUGAUCUGAGCAUCGCAAAGUUAAGAUCAUUUAACCAGAAAAGAGAGAGAGUGUUCAACAUCACGCUUGCUCUACCAUUUAGCGAUGAUCUUCGUGCUGCGAUGCUUCUGGAAAAAUCUGCCCUGAUCUGUCCUAUUAACCAUAUAGUACAAGCAAUAUAGUAUAUCAGUCCUCAUCUUCUAAUACAAUGAAAAAGCUUUUUUUUUUUUUUCAUUCUUCUCCUUCAUUCUCCUACGCCUCAUCCUCCUCUUAAUCCUCCUACUGACUCACCCCUUUGCCUCGUCCCUCGCUCCCACCCUCCCUCCCUCUAUCAACACGCUCCUCUCCUCGCAUCAGCCGAAUCCAUUUUGCAAAUGAUUGUGCGCAGCUACAGGGACGGGAAUGAACCGGUGGCACUAUUUUUAGCCCAAGCCAAAGGAGGGUGGAGGAAGCAAGCGGGCGAGCAAAUGAUGAUGCGGCCCAGGUCUAGACUGCUGGCUAAGAGAGGCCUCCCAACCAUCCGCGAGGGUUCGGAGGAGCUUGUGCAUGACCUGAACCAGACCAACAGCCAGCACAGCAGUGCACAGGACUACUUCCACUCCAUCUGCCAGCUGGCCCGGCCUACAUUUCCCUUGCAUGAGCCAGACCGUGACAUCCUGUCCAUCGGCAGGCUGGACUCUCCAAAACCAUGUUUGCGCCCACACCGUUUGCGCCAGCUUGCGCAGCCCCUAACCUGCCCCGCUGACACCUCCACAACCCAGUCACCCAAGGUGGAGACACCGGGGCCUUCUUCAUCAGACCAAGAGCAAGCCCAAGGUUCAGAGCAGGACUGCCCAACUUCGACUGACCCGCUGGAGUACCUCUACGGCUACAGAGAAGCAGAAGCUUCCUCUUCCUCUACCAGAAGGGUCAGCAUUCCCCUUCGCAGGGCACGCAGUGUACCCUGCCCUGGUCUUGAUGUCCAGAACAAAAGCAGUUGUCCUGAUCUGCGUCUACCAGAGUCUGUCCUCUCUCCUGUUGUGCCACAGCGCUCGCCGCUUAGCAGAAAGAAGCUAGAUGGCGCCAAGGUCGAGUGUGGUUGGAGGGCAAAAAGCAGCCGCAGCUUGGACAAACAAACAAUUGUGUCGCACUGGAUCUCUGAGUGCCGGAGUGCAUGGAGGGAAGCCCGUAUCCAUGCCUGCAUGCUGCCCGCCAUUGCUGAGAAAUAAUGCUUCUCCAUUUCUCGCAAGCUGUAUCUCCCUGCGCUGUCUAAAAACAUUUAGCAAUAUCACUAGAGGAAUGAUGUGACUUCACAUUUUCAAGUUUAUAUACCUAACCAUUUUUUAGGUGUAAACUAAGCAAAAGUGAUCCUAUAGAUGGUGACGUGUUAAUGCCACACCAGUGUGUAGAUUUAUGCUAAAUGUCAGUGAUAAAACUGGUCAUUGUCAGUCCAGUCAUAUCCAGUUGUGAUCAAUAACUGAAUUGGUUGUUGGAAGACUUUAACAUUACUUGGUGAUUUGAAGAAAAAAAAAGACAUUAAAACUGCAGUACUAAAAUACAAUGCUCUGUAGUUACAUUUAAGAUGGUAGAAUAUUAUCCAAUGUGAAGAGAAUGCACAAACAGAUAUCACUGUGUGUUUGUUAUAUGAUUUAUUUGCUUCUUUUUUUUUUGUAAAAUCCUGUUUGUGCAAGUCAUCUAUGGCAGCUAAGGCAAAGCAGAUCGCUUGACAAAAUACAUCCCAAAAUAUUUCCGAGAGAUUCAAGACAGCUAAUUUAUUCUGAACUAUGGUUACAGCGAACUAAUAUAAAAUGCUGUUCCUCAUAUUUGCCCUUGUGUAUCUGGAAGAAGCAUACAUAUCAGAAAGACAAUCUCUUUGUGAAUAUAUUUAUGAAUUAUGGUAUUCCCAAAGAGAUCCUGUUUUGCCUAGUUUGCUUGGCAAAAAUCCAACUGCUGAAAGAGUAAAAACAACCAAAUGAAAGGGGUAAUAAUUCAAUUUAACACUGACCCAAAGCUUGUGGUAUCACACAAGCAAUAACUCACUGCCAUCUGCUGCCUACGCAGAUGUUUGUGAACAUCCGUAAUUGGCCCAUGUUGAUAGUUGUCAAUUUGAAGUCAGUCCAAAUUCGUUUUGAAGUCAUGAUCACAAGAGUCAUAUUUUCUAUGUACUUGAAAGGACAUAAUUAAUUAUUUCUUUCUGCCCAAAAUCUAUAUGUCCCAUAAACAUAUCAGCAUUAGAUGUCCUUUUUUUAUGUCUUUUCAAUGUCUUUGUGCUCACUGAGAUAUACGGGAGACAAAUGAGUUAAAGUAGAAUUAAUCAGAAAAUAUACCAUACUUUAUGUUGUACCCCUGCCAUUCAAAUAUCCUUUCAAAUCAGAAGCAUUUAUGUCAAGAAAAGCCUGUAAAUUAAGCACUGUACUGUUAUCUUUAUAUGACUGUUCUUACUCAAAGACCCUUGAAAAAAAAAAGGUUUCUGAUUUGGCAUUCCAGUGUUUGCAGGUAAUUUAUGAUAAAUUAUGAACCAUAGAAGGAAUUGUUGCAUGGAUUUUGUAAACGAUUUUCUAUUUAUGCAUUCAGAAUGCUGUAAAUUAUUAUUAUGAAUGCCACUCCUUUGAAUAAAAUUAUCUAAUGGGAAAGUAGAAUAUAUUAUUUGUAUGUCUUUGAAAUUGUGUUCAUUUUUCCACUUUUUAAAUAAAAAGGUCUCUGUGUUUUAUGGUCUGUUUAUAAUUUUUUUUUUUACAGUAAUUAUGUUUUUUUUAUGUUAUAUUUGUGUAGACUGAUAAAGAAAGAUCAAUGAAAAUCACAAGUGAAAAUCAAAGCUGUUGUUUAUUACUGGUAAUCAGAAAUCAUGUGUCAAUCCUGAGUUCAGGUUACUGUCAGUUCUGUGAGUUUUGCAUGUUGUUCCCAUGUCUGUGUGGGUUUCCUCUGGGUUCUCUGGUUUCCUCUUACCUCUCAAAAACAUGCUGGUAAGUGAACUGGGUACACUAAAUUUCCCCUAUGUAUAAAUGAGUAUGUGAAUGCAUGUGUGCAUGGUGCCCCCAAGUGGACUCGGAUCCCAUCAGGUUGUAUUCCUGUCUCACACCCAGUGUUCCUGGCUCCUGAUCAGGAUAAAGUGGUUACUGAAAAGGAUUGAAUGAUUACAGCCACUGGGACAACCAAAGAUUAGUGAUGGCUAUCAGGAUGUUAUAGCAGUUUAACCCUGCUGAAAUAUCCAGCUUGGUCUGACAAUGUACCAGCUGCCUAAACACAUGCUGAACUGGUAAAUCUGGAAGACAAUCUUUGCCAGUUUCUUAUUACUUGACUAAAUUAA